CCCAUUCCCACCCCCUACCCACCUCUCUCAUUCCAUCCCUCCCCUCCUUGGGUCAGUCGCUGCCUUGAGGCAGACAGACAAGCCCCGGCCCCUCUACACAGCCCCGCCCGGGCUCAGCUCCGCCCCGUGUCGCGGGCUCUCUCUCCAUCAGCCGCGGCGCCAGGCAACAGGCGGCCGCUGGCAAACACCCGUCUCCCGGGACGCGGCUCCGAGCCCGCCAGGCAAGGGCAGAGGCACGGGGGGGAAGAAUGAAAUCAAGAUCAUCUUUACCGGCAGUCAAAAUUUAUCUGAGUGAAGCUACUCCUGUUUGUGUUUAUAUUCAAAAACCUAAAUUGCUGCCCUCUAUUGUGGAAAGACCAGAUCGACCUCUUGAAACCACCUUCGACAAGAUAGAAAAUGAGCAAAUGAAUCAGUCUGGGCACCAGGUUGACAGAGUCAUGAAAGACCUGAAACAACUGAAAAACAAACUGAACACAUCAGGUGAACAGUUGGCGGAAGAUUUGAUUGACUCGGCUAAAUCGAAAUGCCCGGACGAAGAUCUUGAAGCUAAACAGUCGUGGGAACUUUCCAGAACAAUCUAUAGACAUGGAGAUAUCUGGGAGAGCUUUGGAAAGCUACAGAAAGAACAGAAUCUGAAUCGGAAGGAAAAUGAAAGUCUUACUGAAGAGAACAAGCUGGUGGUGGCACUGAAAGAAGCUGAAACAGCAUCCAUCGCUGCAGAAAACCAAGUGGCAACGCUAAAAAAUUCCAUUGUAGAAUUAAUCCAGCCACGUAUGGAUUGUACCAACACACAGAUGGAAGGCUUGACUCAGAAGUUGACAAGAAGUGAAUCAAAAACGAUCCAUUUAAAAGAUAAACUCAUAGAAGCGGAGAGAAAUGCUAAAGAAGCCUUAGAGGUCCGCCAGAAAGAAAAGGAUAACUCGCUCUUUGCAAAGCAGCUUUCAAAAUCUGUUGAAGAAACAAGAGCACGUCUACAGAGCCAGCUUAGGAAUAAAGAAGCUGAGAGUGACAGAUUGUUAGCGCAAACACUUAGAUCUGAGAGGACAAUAAUUGGCCAGCAGUUGCAGAUUGAGUGCCUCCAGACACGGUUGUCAACUGCGAAGGAAAAGGCCAAAGAGGACAAAAUUGUUUUAAAGAAGGCAACACGAACUCAAAAAAGAAGAGCGGAGAGAUUUGAAGCUACUGUAGAAAGCCUUCAUUCUCAGAUGAAAGACAAGGAACUGAAGUUAUUCGAGGCACAUAGGACCGUUGAUACCUGGAGCAAACAGUACAGUGCUGCAGUUGACAGCAAGGCCCAAUUAGAAACUAAAAUUAUCUCACUCUCCAGGAGGGUGGAUGCCGUAAAGGAGCAGCUUACGAAAGGCACAGAAAGAGCCAAAUUGACAAGCCACAACCUUCUGGACAAAAUGCAUGCCACCAGUUUGGAAACGGCCAGUCUCCAAAUGGAAAAUGCACAACUAAAGGCCUCGCUAACAGCUUUGGAAGAGAGAGCAGUAAUAACAGCAACAGAACUGAUGCAGCUCCAAGCUAAAGCCAAACAACUGGAGGAGGCUGUUGUGCAAUACGAAACUCAGGCAUCAGCCGAUGAAUUGAAGGCUGAUCUUGAAAAGGCUGCAGUAGUAAGCAGGCGGAUAAGAGAUAUGGGAGAUACAGAAAAAGCCUCGCUAACAGCUUUGGAAGAGAGAGCAGUAAUAACAGCAACAGAACUGAUGCAGCUCCAAGCCAAAGCCAAAGCCAAACAACUGGAGGAGGCUGUUGUGCAAUACGAAACUCGGGCAUCAGCCGAUGAAUUGAAGGCUGAUCUUGAAAAGGCUGCAGUAGAAAGUAUGUGGAUAAGAGAUAUGGGAGAUACAGAAAAAUCCAGCUACCAGAGCUACAGCGGGAAAUCCUCUUCGGAAACACUGGACUCCUUGAGGGAAGAGAAGCACACGUUACAGAAGGCCUUGGAUGUUCUCUCUUGGAAACUAAAGGAGGUUGACAUACAAAACCAAGAGCUGACCGAGACAAUAGUGAAACGAGAAGAAGAGGUUUCACUGAGCAACGGCCAACUGCAAACACGGUCCAUGGAGUCUGCGGCGUUGAGUCGGCAGCUGGAAGCUGCAUUGCAGGACGUCAGUAAAAAGGUCGCGGAGGUGAAAGAACAGGCCUUAGCCAGGGAGCGAGCUUUUCAGAACAGGAUCCUUGGACUAGAAUCAGAGUUAAAUCGGAAGACAAAAGACCUGAAACAGAUUCAACAGAACAAGGAGUGGUCUGACGGGAUCCAUAAGACGCGUCUUCAGGAGUUGAAGCUCAGCCUCGAACAAUCUGAGAAUCAGAAUCGUAGCAUCCAGAACUACAUUGAGUUUCUCAAGACGUCCUACACAGCCAUGUUCGGCGAGAGUGCAGCAGCAGAAUUUCACACCGAGCCGAUGUUAAGAUUCGACAAUGUUUCCACGAAUGUCUUAGGUUGGACACAGUGUCUUCAGCCCACUGAGUCCACGCCAACCAAUGAUCACCCGCACACUAGUUCUAUCCUACUACACACUUGGGAGAAUUUUACAGAAGCUAAUUAACCUACAAACCUGCACUCCUUUGGAAUGUGAGAGGAAACCGGAGCACCCAGAGGAAACCCACGCAGGUCAUAGGGAGAAGGUACAAACUCUGUACGGACAGCACCCGUCGGUCAGGAUCGAACUCAAGUCUGUGGCGCUGUGUGAGGCAGCAACUCUACCGCUGCGCCACCGUGCCGCCAUCUACAUAAUGAUACAUCUGCUACAACUAAGUGCUAAGACAAUCUUACCAGAUAUCUCAAAAACUGGUUUAUUUAAGAUCAUGGAAACUAUGUAAUGACAAUCAAACUGCUGUAUAAUGUGAAGAUUCCAGUUUAUGAAAUGAAUACCUUGAAUUUUUUAAUAUUUUGAAAUUGAUUGCAGUAAUUUAUUUUAAUAGAUUUCUAUAAUUUAUUUUUGUUUUUUCAUAAUUUUAUUUAUUUGUUUUCCACAAAAACAAAUUGCCCCUUAGCUAUCACUGGGAUAAUAUUCUCGGUAAAUAACUCGUAUCGUGCUUUUAAAUUUAUGUGCUAAAAUAAUUCUGUACAUUGUUUGCAAUAUAUUUGACGUACAAUCUUUAGUGAACUCGUGAGCUGAGUGAUAUAUUUGACUCAUUUUAUUGCAUUUUUAUAUUGGACAAUUGUGCCCUUUGCCUGUCUUUGAGUGGGUUGACAAUUAAACAUGAUGGUCACGAGGAAAUUCAGAAUCUCUCUGAGGAUCCUUCAAUCCUUCUACUCUGGUGCUGUAGGAAGCAUCCUGUCCGGUAACAUCUCAAUCUAGUUUGGCAACAGCUCUGCCCAGGACAGGAAGGCUCUGCAGAGAGUAGUGCUUUCGGCCGAACGCACCACGGGAACUACACUCCCCCCCCCCCCCCCCCUGCAGGAACAAUACAUCAGAAGGUGCAGUUCUAGAGCCAGCAAGUUCAUGAAGGACCCCUACCACCCCAGCAACGGACUGUUCCAGCUGCUACGGUCAGGCAAACGCCUCCGCUGUCACGCUGCGAAAACAGAGAAGAUGAGACGGAGUUUCUCCUGCAGGCCGUCAGGGCUGUAAACACUGAUCUCACCGAGGCGUAAAUAGAGUUGUGUCUUUUUUUUAAAUGUAAAUACUGGUUCUGUUCUGUUGUUUUGCACAAUCCCACAGGCAUUGCCACUUUCAUUUCACUGUACAUCUUGUAUGUGUGUGUGACAAAUAAAGUUGACUUGACUUGAAUAGUCCUGACCCGAAACGACCCAGCGCUAUGAUUUUAUUUCUCAAACUUCAAGUAACCCCUACAUCCCCUCUCUCUCUCUCUCUCUCUCUGUCCUGCCCCCACCUUAGUCGCCAAACUAGUUUACCUGUCUGUAUAACUCGUUAUCGCCUGCCCCAAAGCCAACAAUGGACCAUUGUGGGCUCCACCUUUCAUAGAUUGCUUUUUGCAUAUCUUUCACACAUUUGCUCUGUAUCUCUAAAUAACAAUCUGUAUCUCGUUUCCCUCUCCCCUGACUCUCAGUCUGAAGAAGGAUCUCGACCUGGAACUUCACCUAUUCAUUUUCUCCAGAGAUGCUGCCUGACCCGCUGAGUUACUCCUGCGCUUUGUGUCUAGCUUUGGUAUAAACCAGUACCUGCAGUUCCUUCUUACAGAAGGAAUGGAAGUGUUCUUCACAUGCAUCUUUUAGAGACGCACAGAGAAGGGCCAGCAGAGCGGUGCAGCAGUCGAGUUGUGGGUUCAAUCCUGCCUACGGGUGCUGUCUGUCGGGUGUUUUAUGUUCUCCCUAUGACCGCGUGGGUUUUCUCUUUAUGCAGAGGAAGGCCCAGGAUCCACAAAUUGAUCAAUGGUGGAAAACUUCAAAUUAGAGUCAGUGAUACAGUGUGGAAACAUGCCAUUCGGCCCAACUUGCCCACACCCCACCAACAUGUCCCAGCUACACUAGUCCCACCUGCUUGCGCCUGGCCCUUAUACCUCCAAACCUGUCCUACCCAUGUACCUGUCUAACGGUGUCUUAAACGUUGGGAUUGUCCCUGCCUCAACUACCUCAUCUGUCAGCUUGUUCCGUACAUCCACCACCCUUUGUGUGAAGAUGUUCCCUCUCAGAUUCCUAUUAAAUCUUUUCCCCUUCACUUUAAACCUAUGACAACUUGUCCUCGAUUCACCUACUCUGGGCAAGAGACUCUGUGCAUCUACCUGUUGAAUUCCACUCAUAAUUUUAUACACCUCUAUAAGAUCACCCCUCAUCCUCCUGCGCUCCAAGGAAUAGAGUCCCAGCCUACUCAACCUCUCCCUAUGGCUCAGACCCUCUCGUCCUGGCAACAUCCUCGUAAAUCUUCUCUAUACCCUUUCCAGCUUGACAACAUAUUUUCAACAUUUCAACAUGGUGCCCAGAACUGAACACAAUAUUCUAAAUGCAGCCUCACCAAUAUCUUAUACAACUGUAACAUGUAACAUGACCAGGGGAAAUCCUUUAAAACUGAGAUGAGAAGAACUUUUUUCACGCAGAGUGGUGAAUCUCUGGAACUCUCUGCCACAGAGGGUAGUUGAGGCCACUUCAUUGGCUAUAUUUAAGAGGGAGUUAGAUGUGGCCCUUGUGGCUAAGGGGAUCAGGGGGUAUGGAGAGAAGGCAGGUACGGGAUACUGAGUUGGAUGAUCAGCCAUGAUCAUAUUGAAUGGCGGUGCAGGCUCGAAGGGCCGAAUGGCCUACUCCUGCACCUAAUUUCUAUGUUUCUAUGUUUCUAUGACCUCCCAACUUCUAUACUCAUCGUCUGACUGAUGAAGGCCAAUGUGCCAAAUUCCUGGGCAUGCAAUUCUCUGAAGAUCUGUCCUGGACCCAGCACAUUAUUGCAGUCAUAAAGAAUGCCCAUCAAUGCUUCUCCUUCCAUACAAGAUUGAGGAGAUUCGGUAUGUCAACAA